AUGGAACCAGGUGAAGCAUUUGUCGAGGCCUUUCAUGACGCUUGUUUCAAUGGUGACUUGCUGAAAACCCAGAAUGCCCUCUACAGCGGACGGCUCACCGCUGAGGACGUCAGUGAAGGACUCCAUAUUGCCACCGGCGAAGCUCACACAGAUAUAGUGGCAGCACUCUUUGAUUCUGGGGCUCAAAUGACAGCGGAUUCGUCGAGUUUCCUUAUUGGAGACGAUGGCCAGCAACACCCGGGUAUCAUUCGCUACUAUCUCAACCACGGUCUUGAUCCGAACUGCAACGUCUCUAAUGGUGAGCCACUUCUACGGUUCAUGAAAAAUCCUGCCUGUGCCGAAGAAUUGCUCUCACGGGGUGCCGACCCCAACCGGAAGGGUCCUAAGGGCGUCAGUCCACUUGCCUGUGCUCUUGAGAAUAUCAGUGAAGAGGAUACGUCUCUGUUCGAGACCCUUCUUGCACACGGGGCCAGGCUGGAAUCCACUCUUUUCUUCUAUGCUAUCCGACCGGGCGAGUCUCUGGGGGAGUUUAAGACUAAAUUACUCCUUGCCAAGGACGUUGAUCCUAAUACCACAUCUCCAGAAUGGGGUACGCCACUUCACCGGGCUGUUUAUCUAGCUGAGAGAGGCAUUGUCAAGGUUCUAUUAGAUGCAGGUGCCGACAAGACCGCGCGAUCUGAUUGCAGGCAAUUUCGUGAUCAAACCCCUGCGGAAGUGGCUGAACGGACGAUCCAACGUUACCCUAAAUCUCCUGACUUGCGUGCCUCACUCGAGACUAUUCUAGAGCUGCUUCAAUCUGAAUACCACUAA